GGUGCCCUUACAGUCUGCUGUCUCUGCUGAUAACAGAAGCAGGCACGUAAGCCGUCCCCCCUUGGCUGUGUUUUGCUGUGCUGUAAGGGACUUCCACAAUCUCCAGAAGAACAGUCAUUGCUUGCAGGGAUGGGCUUCUUCACGUUGAUCCUCCUCACCUCCUCCUGCUUCCUUGGAAAAGCAGCUGGGAAGCUGCAAGUGCAGGCCGAGCCCUCUCUGGUGAAAGCUGCGGUUGGAGAUGAUGUCUUGCUGAAUUGCAUCUUUACUGUGGACGAGCCUACCGUGGACCUCAGCCGACUCUCAAUCCUCUGGUUCCACUGGGGCAGGCAGCUGGCGGAAUUUGACGGUGUGGUGACCACCUCUGGGGAAGGCGUCAGCCUGAGCCGGGAAGAGCUGGGGAAUGGCAAUGCGUCCUUGCUCAUCUCCCGGGUUGGCACUGGAAACUCUGGCAACUACAGAUGCUACGUUGCAUACACGCCGGAAGUGCGCAUCCGGGAAGUGACUUUGCAAGUUGCAGACCCCGAGGAAGAUCUGGAAGAUUCCUUUUCAUCCCCGUGUCUCAGCCGUUCAGAUAUCCUGAGCAAGCUGGGUCAAAUUGAGGAAGCUGUGAAGCAACUCGAGGCCAAACUACAGGAGCUCGUGACCAGCAAGAGUGCCACAAGAUGCAGUUCUGAAGUUGCCUCCCCGUCCAUGCCAGAGCCCUCACGCUGACUGCAUUUCUGCACUGCUGCAAAUCAAAAUAGGCUUCAAACCCAUUUAGCUUAAACUUCCCGUGUUAUCCAAGUAAAUGUGGAAACUGUAGCUCUGUGACAGGGCUUAGAGUCUCUUGACAAAUCAUUCCUGCAAUAUCUUAAUUCCUAGGAUUCCCUGGGGGGAUGUUAUGACCAUUAAACCAGCUUCCGAAUUAA